AUGGCACAGACUUAUAUACCAGUUGCACCUGUGACUGCUCCAGUGACACAGAUGACUGUUCCACAAGCGGCGCCCAUGCCAACCAUUCAACAAGUUCAAAAUCCUUCACCUGUAGCAUUUCCACAGCAGACUUGGCAUGAUAAGCCUAGCCAACCAUGGCCAUACCACAACCCUCAAGCACAACAAAAUGUUCCACCUGUGAACAUUCAGCCAGCCGCACCUGUUCCAGCAAGGCCACCACCUAUGGUCAUUCCUAUGCGGUUGGGGGGCAACCUUUUCCAAAGGAGCCACUUCUUGACCAAGGAGGAAGGAACUAUGGCAGAAACAACUAUGCAGAUGCCAACCCUUUGCUUAUGGCGGGAAUUUGGCCUAACUCGAAGGGGUGGAAGGCCAACUUACAGAAAGCCAUAUCCAGAGUUUAUUGAUGAAGUUGAAUUUCCAAGGAAUUUCAGAAUUUCAGAGUUUGCAACGUUCAAUGGAGAGGGCGAACAAUCUACCUUGGAACAUAUCAGUCGGUUCACUGUCCAAUGUGGAAAAGCAGCAGCCAAUCCAUGGCUGAAAGUACGCUUGUUUCCAAACACACUGACGGGAUAUGCUUUCAGGUGGUAUUCCAACUUGCCAGCCAACUCCAUUCAAAGUUGGCAACAAUUUGAGGAUUUAUUCCAUACUCAGUUCUACAGAGCUGAGCUUGAAGUGUCCAUGGCAGACCUUUCUAGACUUUAUCAACUACCUGGAGACAAAGUGGCUAAGUAUGAAGAGCUCCUUCGUGAGGAGCAAGAUAGGAAGAACUCUUCCAAGGGCACUUACUAUCGUGAUCUUAACUAUGAGGUGUAUACCACUGAAACUGAAGGGGAGUUUGAAGUAAAUGUAGCCGAGCUCAACAUAAAGAAGGCAUAUACUUGUGAGGCCUUGACAAAACCAAAAUCAGCCACGGCCAACUUGUAG